CCGACACAUUAUAUAAAGCUACUCGAGUAGAUGUAAACAGGUAACGUAGCGACGUAAGUGAUUUUCUCGUUGUUUUCAUAAACGUCAGUUUUCCUUAUCAAUAAUGCCUCUACGCGGACGAUGCAUAUGCGUAACAGUGAGCCUGUCGAUGUUCCUGGUUAUCGUACGAGCCAUACAGAAUGCACCUAGUUCCGACCAGAAACCGGCGCCAUCUCCAGCUUCCAUCCCACCUUUUUCAACAGUCAACAAGUAACGCCUGUCCCUGGAAAUAAAGGAAAGAAAACGGGAUGCGGAGUACCCAACAUGGUGAAAACCGUGCCCAUUACGGAGCCGGAACGGUUUGCUGGCCACUGGUACAAACAUCGCCACUCUGGCCUAAAAACUUUGAACCAGUUUGUGGAUCACAUUCCGCUGAACCGCACCGGAUUGGCGUUUACGAACAUUCCGGCCACCGGGAUGCUCCUGCACAUUUCACAGUACAACAGUGUUAAUGAUACGGACUGUGUGUAUCGGUUGUUUCUCGGCUUAUUCGGACACAACGGACAGUGUCCGGGCAAAGCGCUAUCUUCGGUAGAUUCCGACAUACCUGUGACGAAUAAUAUCAACAUGUUGUACGUGGAUUAUGACCGGGUGACCAUCGCCUAUAUCUGUCGCUCCACCAACUACAAAACCGGCUUUUGUGACCACCCGGUCUUCCACGUAUUGACCCGUGCUCGACCGGAUAAGAUGCCCGCCAAAGAACUGAAGGCCAUCGACGACCUUGUGGACCAGACGCUGGCGCCCUACUGCCUUACUGCCGCUGACGUCGACCCGCAGAUGUACUCCGACGCGAGACCCUUCUGCAAACCGGCUGAUCUCGGGGAUACGUGCGCCUUUCGCGCCAUGACGGCGCUGACCGAGGACAUCAAUAACUCCACACAGUAUCAGUACAAGGAAAUUAAGCCGUAGUCGUUCGAACACCUGGGUUCGGCAACCGAUCACGAUUGUUACUCUCACGGUCAGUCUUGGAAUAUGGGAAAGGAAUUCUCUGGACAUUUUAAUGUUUUUGUUUGUUGAGUAUUGCUUUGCAGUUUGUGGUUUCAAUUUUUUGUACAGUCGACAAUUACAGAGGACGAACAGUACGUGAAUGUUGUAUUCUGGUACCGUUAUUGUGAUUUGUUAGUUGUGGCAUUUUGUGAUGCGUUAUAUGUGUAUACGAAAUAAUAAUCAUGCAAAUUC